AUGAAUUUAACAUAUCUUGAGAAUUCAGAAGAUGUGCAAUAUUGUUUUCAAUAUGUUAACGCAUCCUGUCCCAGAGUCACUAGGCCAAUAGCAAUCAAAGCAACACUGUACCUUAUUAUUAGCUUAUCAAUAUUUAUUUCAAUUUUGGGGAAUCUGGUGGUGAUUGCUUCGGUUUUAUAUUUCAAACAACUACAGACACCCACUAAUUAUCUUGUAUUAUCUUUAGCAGUUGUUGAUUUUCUGGUAGCAUCUAUUGUAUUGCCUUACAGUAUGAUUAGAUCCAUUGAAACAUGUUGGUAUUUUGGACAUGUGUUUUGCAAAAUUCAUUCAGUUCUUGAAAUUGUAUUAACAAUAGUUUCAAUUUAUAAUGUAUGUUUUAUUGCUAUUGAUCGCUACUAUGCUAUUUGUGACCCCUUGCUCUAUUCCAUAAAAAUAACUGUGCCUGUGACAUUUAUCAUUCUUAGUUUGAUCUGGUUAUUUGCUAUCUAUUAUGGUUUUAAUGUGGUUUUUUUGGACUUCAGUAAAAAGAUACUGUCUGAUUAUGUGCCUACUAUGGCCUGUGAAGGCAGCUGCAUUGCUUAUGCUAAAUUUGAGGGACAUAUGGAUUUUUUGAUCAUAUUUUUCAUUCCUAUUUUGAUCAUUCUGGGUGUAUACAUUAAGACAUUUUUUGUGGUAAAAUGUAAACGUGGCAGAAAAAUUGGAAAUUUGCCAAACAAUGACACGGGGGAAAUAAAUAAAGAAACUUUGCAUAAUAAGGAACAAAUAGCUGUUAAAAAUCAAAGUGCAAUAAUGGGAAUUUUUACAUUCUCCUGGCUGCCUUUCUAUGUAAAUAGCAUUCUUAAUCCGUAUUUUGACAGUUUAAUCCCAACUCCUUUAGAUGAUAGACACUGUGUGUCUACUAUUCCUCUCAUCAUUUCAUACACCUUCAUAAGAUCACCCAUCAUCCUCCUGCACUCCAAGUCCCAUCCCAGGGGGGAAAGGUUUAAAGAGCAGAUGUUCAUUCAGGAAGUUAAGUUUCUGCAAUGUAUAAUAUUUCAAGGUUUUCAAAUGGUGCCUUCAAUGCAACCUAAGUGCAGUCAGUGGAUACCUACUGUACACCAUGAGAAAUCCUACAAACCAGUCAAAUCCAUGCACAUGUCUUGA